AUGCGCUUCCCACAAGCACAGCGACUUCCGUUAUUCCUCCUCUGCCUCCUCCGCCUCUCCCUCUCCGUCAACGCCGAAUAUGUCCUCCAGACAACAUCGCUCAGCACCUGCCAGGCAAACUCCGGCUUCUCCGCCAGCCUGUUCGAUGUCGUCUUCACGCCAAAUAACGACUCCGUCGCCGUCGACAUGACCGCGACCUCCACUGUCGAAGGCUAUGUGACUUUCGACAUUUCUAUCACCGCCUACGGCUACGAGAUUAUGCACAAGACCAUCGAUCCCUGCUCUGCCGGCGAUGGCUUCAAGGGCUUCUGUCCCAUGAGCCCCGGCAACCUGAACAACCCCUUCAACAUCCAGAUCGACCCGAGCGCGAAGUCCCAGAUUCCUGGCAUCGCCUACACUUUUCCGGAUAUCGAUGCGAAGGUCCGUGUCUAUAUCAACAAGACCGAUGGUAGUCCUGUCGCCUGCGUCCAGGCUGCGGUAUCCAACGGCAAGACCGUCGAUCUGGUCGGGGUCAAGUGGGCCUCUGCCGUCAUUGCCGGGCUGGCCCUUGCGUCCUCCGCCUUCAUGUCCGGCCUGGGCCACCAGAACGCUGCCGCUCAUGUGGCUGCCAGCGCCCUGUCGCUAUGUGGUUACUUCCAGUCCCAGGCCGUCAUUGGCCUCGUCGCGAUCCCGCUGCCGCCCUCCGUCCAGGCAUGGACCCAGGACUUCCAGUGGAGCUUGGGAAUUAUCAAGGUCAAGUUUAUGCAAAACAUAUUCACCUGGUAUCAGCGUGCCACUGGCGGCACUCCCGCCUCGCUAUUCGAUUCCCUGACCAAGUACUCGGUUCAGGUGCAGAAGCGCUCGUUGGCCCUGCAGGAGGUGCCACCCGUCAAAGGCCUGUACAGGAGGGCCGUUGCGAUGAUGCCGAGAAGCGAAGUCACGGCGAAAGCGGCGCGCCACCUUGCCAGAAUCACAAAGCGGGCGGGUAAUUAUAAGAGCCCAUCCGGUGACUACGUCGUCACAGGCGUCCAGCGGUACGCAUACCAGGCAGGCAUCGAGACCACCAACUUUUUCUUGACGGGGCUUGUCUGGUUCUGCAUAUUCCUGAUCCUGAGCGCCCUGGCCGUGGUUGCGUUCAAGUACAUCUGUGAGGGCUGCGCAAAAGCCGGCUGGGUCAAGUCAGAUGCCUUCUCCGACUUCAGGCGGGACUGGCGUACCCACAUGAAGGGCAUUCUGUUCCGAAUCAGCCUGGUUGGCUUCCUUCCAAUGUCUGUUCUCUGCCUCUGGGAGCUGACGCAGGGAGAUUCACCAGCCGAGAUGGUUUUGGCCGUCUUCUUCUUCUUGGGCAUUUUGGUGUCACUGAGCUGGGCGGCCUUUAACGUCAUCCGCAUGGCCAGGCGUUCCAUCUCGCUGCAUAAGAACCCGGCCUAUGCUCUAUACUCGGACGCUCACGCACUCAACAAGUGGGGCUUCUUGUACAUUCAGUAUCGCGCCUCGGCGUACUACUUUAUUGUGCCAGUGCUUAUCCACACUCUUGUAAAGGCCAUUUUCAUCGCCUUCGCCCAGGAGUCCGGUGUCGCACAGGCCGUCGCUCUGAUUAUCAUCGAAGUCACCGCAUUGAUUGCUACCAGCGUUCUGCGGCCCUAUAUGGACAAGUCGACCAACGCCUUCAACAUCACUAUCUGCGUCGUCAAUUUCCUCAACGCCAUUUUCCUGCUCAUCUUCACUGAUGUCUUCGACCAGCCUGGUCUGAUGACCGGCAUCGUGGGCAUCUUGCUGUGGAUUUUGAACGCGGCCGUUACGCUGAUCCUGCUGCUGAUCCUGAUUAUCACAACCGUGAUCAUCUUCUUCAAGACAAACCCAGAUGGCCGCUACCAGAUGGCCGACGACCGCACCUCCUUCAUCAAGUCGCGGUCCGUUCUCAACACCACAACACAACUUGACGCGUUGGCGGCUACCGCACGCGGAGACCACGAGGGUGGGUACAUCAAAGCUCGCAUCGAAGAUGAGGACGACGAGGACACUGGGUCGUCCCGGUCGGGCCUGCCUCAUCACAAUGGCGUCCCUCACACACGAGGUCAUGGGGACAGGCGCAGCGGUGCGAGUCUGGUACCGUCGGAGGAGGUUAAUGAAAAGGACGCCAUGGUCCAACGGCCGGUGUCGAUUCCAAGCACAACAGACUCGGCCAGCCUGAGAGAUAUGAAUCGCGCACCUGUCCCAAGGGCCGGGGAUCACACAGGACCAUGGCAACGCGGCCUUGGCUACGACUGA